AGGACCCAAGAGAUCACGAAUGUCGACGAAAUAUUGGAAUUUCUAGUAGUCCCCAUAUUUGCUAGCGCUAGGUUUAAAAUGCGUUUUGAUCAUCAGUCACUACAACGCGCUCCUUGUACUGAUAAGGAAGUAGUUGCCAUAGAAGUUGGGGGAAGGAGCACGCGAUGUAUUUGCUUGUGUCAGUAACGUAGCUACGAGCGCGACAAGCUCGGCGAAUCCAGUCUUGCAAUUGUUCACAUUUUGAUUUGUAAGAGGUACUUGUUCUUCGUGUCAGUCGAGCUUAGAUCGGAAGCCACGCAUCAACAUCCGCAUUCGCAUCGGCCAAGAAGUCUUACUCUAAUCAUGCGAACCGCCAGCAUGCAGCGCAGUGUGCAACAAGCCUCCCUUUGUGCCAUGAAGCGCGCAACAGCUCGGGCAACGGCCGCCAGCCGGGGAUUCGGGAGCAGCAGCAUGGCUGCUAGCAUGAGAAGUUCCGCAGGAGGUCGAAGUAAAAUAGCGGCAAACAAAGAAGGCUCCACGGGCUUGAGUAUUCGCCCGUCGGCUUUUAGCGGGAGCAAAGCGCCGAGCUUGCCUGCGACAACCCCUACACGGAGUAGUUGUGCUACGCAAGAGAUUUGCGUUGGACCAAUAGCAACAGAAACCGCAGCAGGAGGUCUUUGGCAGCCAGGUAACCAACAUCAACAACGAUGUUUUGUCACCAGCAGCUCAACAAAAACCUGUUCUUCUUCCACAUCGCAGUCCCAUCUGGGUACUAGUAAAAUUUCUCGCAACGGCGCCCUAAGAGAACUGCAUCAAACAGUUGCGCCCACCAGCAGCGGCGAUAUGAACCUGCUGCUUGGCGCAAGAUCAACAGUAUUUCCGUUCGCCACGGAUGCACGAGCGCCAGGUGUUGUGACUCGCUCAUCAGCAAACAGACGGCACUUCAGCUCGAGCAGUUCCUUCAUGCGGCGGGUGCUCGACCAGGUGCAAAAGGACUUGGAAAAAUCGGAAGAAUAUCAGAAAGCAAAAAAGGACUUUCAAGACCAGGGCGGAGAGGAAAGUGCGGAAAAGUUGAGGGUAAGUACUUUUCUUUGCAUUUGCUUGAGUUUUAUUUGACACAUGUAAGAUAUUCGUCGUCGCUUGUGCAGUCGAAGCAUGAAGAACUUAGUUGUCGCCGGCGUCGACCACUACUACCCAUGUAUUACAAACGGCCAUCUCUGUUAACGCAAUCUGGGGGAAAAUCUUCCAAGAACCUUCCGAAAUGUUUCCAGCGCCCCAACUUUUCAGGGCGUCAGUAGAUUGCAAACUGAAGGGCGCCCCAUUGCGCUUGUGGUGGCCUGGGCCGCAUCUAUAUUAGGGCGGUGAAUAAUCUGACGCACAGCAUUCCGCCGGGCUCAAUUUUUGAGCCGCAUGGCACGGCGAACCACGCAAAGCGCCUGCCAUUGCCGGGCGCUGUCUUUUCUUCAGGCGCCGCGCGCUAUCGGUUCGCCUGAUUGGUAUGCAGUGAGGCCAGGACCGUUCUAGCCUGGCGGCCCUUCUGCCAGGCAUCACGCAUCCAUGCCGGCCGGCAGUUUUCAAGCGGCGGCCGGAAAUGCAAAAUGUUUCCGCCUCUCAAGCGAUCGGGGCCUCAAAUGCAAACCGGCGCAGUAGCGUGCUAGCGAUUGCCAGCCGAUGAAAUGACGCAAGGGGGCCUGCCGGCAAAAGAGGGGCCCUCCCCUCUGACGCGCCCAGCGCCUUGACUUCUAGCGAUUCGCUCCGGCUGCCCAAAAAGGCGCGGCAGAAAAGCGGUAGCACGAAAACGACACCGAGUCCGCAUGGUGGUGGCUUGAUUUUGCCCCAUGUUGGUUCGGGCCUUGCAAAAGGCGCCACCAACCGGCCGCCGACCUCAUAGGCGCGCGGGCCGAUAGGCUCAAGGGCAGGGGCCGCGUUUUUAUUGGCAAAAAACAAAAGAAGCGCGCCCCGCCAAAGAGCUUAAGUGGGCCCGCGUGUUAAUUAUGCCUUCGGGCCGACCCCGGACGCCCACAUGGAUGGCUUGCUCCAGCGGAGGCCCAGGCGGGCCAGCAUAGCACGCGGCGAAGGCCUUCCGUUUCGAGCCCAAGUGGCCUGCUGCUCGCGGCCGUUAUUGCCACCGGCCCCCGUCCCGUCGUGCAUAACAUUAGGCACGGUGGCACGGUGGCCAUAGAAGUUGCGUCGCUUUUUGGCUUCAAGCCAGCAAAACGCCUGCGGCCUUACUUCCGCCUUUUCUGGGCGCGGCAUGUCUUGGUGAGGGGGGCGGCGCCCUUCUGGCCAUGCCAUCAGGGCAACCAGAGGAAAGCGAGGCGGCGAACCCGUCUCCUUGGGGCCCUGGCCAGGUGGGCCCGCCGGCGGCCAGGCGCCGCGCGCGACAGAUUGCGUGCCGGCUGCCGGGCGAAACAAACGGCGCGGCGCCUUUGAAUAAGAAAAAGCGCACGGGAGUGAUGUGCCUCGGAAUGGCCCCGAAAUCCUUCCGAAAUGCUUCCAGCGAGUUGCAAAAAAGUGGCGGCCUUUUUCAAUGAAAAAAUAGCAAAAAAGUGGUGAGCCCGAAACAGGCUUAGUGGAAGGAUUUCGGAAGGAUUCCGGAAACAUUUGGCGCCUUACAAAUUCACUUUUCAAGAAAUUUUUUUUUUUGUGGUCUGCCACUUGCUCGGGGCGGUCGAUCUAUCAUAGCACCGGCGGAAGGAUUUCGGAAGGAUUUGGGAAGGAUUUCGGAAGGGCUUCCGGGACCUUCUGGAAGGAUUUGGGAAGGAUUUCGGAAGGAUUUCGGAAGGAUUUCGAAAGGAUUUCCGGGGCCUUCCCGGAAGGCCUUCGGGAAGGCCUUUCAGCGGGAUUCCUCCUUCUGUGGCACUCCCCCGGGCCCGAAAACCAGCUGGCGAGGUGCCGCAGGGGCCGCCCCGCGCGCAGCUUGCCUGCGCCUGCCGGCCGCAUUCCCUAGGGUAGGGCCGCUGGCCGCUUGCGCGGCGGGCAGUUUCGGUGGCCCGGUAGCCCCUUGCGGGUUUUUUGUAUGUAGCGCGCCCACGGACGUUCCGGCCUUGCGGGUUUUUUUUGCAAGGUAUUUUGCAAAAUGCCCGGCAGGCUUCAGGCGGUCGGUAGUGUUUUUUCCGUCACAUAAAAAGCAUAUGCCCACUGACUUAUCAAGCAGCCGGGGCGUUGAUAGCAACCAACCAAGCCCAGUGGUAUUCGUAUUCUAUGCAUCGGCUGGCGCUUGAUAAAACGACUCGCGGGGGCUGGCAAAGGGGGCGCCCGUUCGAGGCGCCCACCGCCUUCCUUGGUUUCUGCCGAUUUUGGGCGCCCAUAACGGGGCGCCAACAGAGCAGCAGCCCGGAAAAACACCGAGCCCGCAUCGCGCGGGCCCGAUUUCGGCCCACGUUCGGGCCCCGCAAAAGACGCCACCAAGGGCGGCCCUGCAGAGGUGGACUGAAGGCCAGGCCUCAAGCUUUCCCGGGGCGAAAGAGAAAAAAAAAGCGCGUCCCGCCAAAAAUCGGAAGUGGGCCCCUGUGUUGUCGGCACGAUUUCGGGCGCCCAGGGGGGGCCUGCCCUGGUGGGGGCCCAGGCGGCGCCAUAGCAUAUGGGGCAAGGCUUCUCUUUUCGAAGCCGAAUGCCUGGCAAUUUAUUUUUGGCCGGUAUUCACACCGGGCGCCGUAGCGCCGGCCGUGCAUAAUAUUUGGCGCGGCGGCGUGGUGGCCAUACAACCUGCGUCGCUUGCUCGCUACGCUGCUCGGCUUCAAGUCAAGAAGACCGCUGUGGCCCCACUUCCCCCACCGAGGCGGCUACUGGUUUGCAGCUUUCUCUCGGUGUAGCGCACCCAGGGAUCGAGGGGUAGGCCCCCGGAUGUUGUGGCGUUGGCUCAGCGUGGUGAAACGGGCGCAGAUCUUUCACAGCGCGGACGAGCGCCGCGCAUUAGCGCAUUGGUUGGUCCUCGUUGCCGUGGGUUGCCUACCCCAACAAGGCAGAAAAGUUAUGAGGCAACCCAGUUGCGCUCAGGGUCGACAGGGCGCGGGCAUUGGUGGGGUGCUGGAAGGAUUUGGGAAGAUUUUUGGAAGAAUUCCCGCGCAGGUGCGUUAUCAGGCGGUCCGUUUGUAAAUGUGCAAUGUUUUGCAGCGAGAGUAGCUAGUAAAACAAGGCGCGAAGUUCUUGUGAUUUCGGAUUUUUUGACUCUGAAAAUGAAAUUGAACUUCACACAAUCAACAGCAACGGGCCCUGGAGCAAGAGGAGAAGCUGCGGCAAAUUAUGCGUGGAAAAAAGAUAGUUCGGGGGUAGAAAUACAUGGUUGAAAACAACUGUCGCAAAGAAUUUCAAAUUCUUUGCGAUCUAGCACGAGAAGACAGGAGACCCGCUUGCGAUCCCGUGUCCUUAUGCUGCAUGACAAUUUUAGUUCUAGUUGACUUGGCUGUCAGUCCCACUACUUACUAGGUUUUCCCACCAUACGGUUGAAACAAUCCGUGGAGAAGACGGCUGACAAGACGGCGUCGUACUUCUAUCCUAGCAAAACCUUGCUCCGCUGUUGCGGCGACUCGCCUUCGAGUGUUGCAGAUGAAUUUCUGCCAUCUACUUUGGAAUGACCUUCAGUGAUAUUUUUGCAGUGGAGUCAACAAGCAAUGUGUAUGCUGCUUGAGUAGAGGUAGACAGUGCGUGGCGUCGUGGUAAUUUAGAUUGAUUCCGACGGAAUCGUGCUUGCCGUCGUGCAUGACGACAAGGCGGUAGAGGCGCAAUCCAGCGGCUCAGGGUCGUUUUGCUAGGAUAGCUGCCGAUCCAUGCGAGAAUCCGUCGCAGACCAGCAGGAAAAGUUGAAGCAGUCGGUAUAACGUUGUUGACUGAUUGAACUUGUGAUGCGUUUACGCGGCCAGAUGAAGUGCAUCUCUGUAGAUGCAAUUUGUCUUGCGCAGCUGAUGCUCGUGCGGCGUAUGAUCCGUACAACAUUUAUUCCCAUCACGAUGUUGCACCAAAAUUCAUCAACACCCCAAACAGACCAGCGAGUUUUCCGAAUCGCACCUGAAGGAGAAUGAAGCCCUGAAGAAGAUGCAAGAGGUUUUCGACAACGUGAACAAAACUGUUUCCCCCAUCGCGAUAUGGAAUGCAAAUAGAAAUAUGUCUGGGUCUGGAUGAAGAGUCGGGGUUUAUAAUGCACAUUUUGCAUGACCCGUGAGGUCUGUGAUGCAGGUCCUAGCAUCACAGAUUUUUCGAGAGCUUCUUGAUGCUUACCGCGCAUGACAAAUGUCCUCUCCGCGUGCCAAGAACUGGAGUCCUCUUGCUGCCCAUGCAACACAGAUAUUUUCAGAAUCCGCAAACAGCAUUACAAGUUCCACUCUUCCAGACCCAGACAUAUUUGCAUUUGAUACGCGAGCAGCAUCACUGACAAUUUGGGGAAAACGGUCGACAACUUGCAGAGCUUGCUGGCGAAGAUGGAAGAUCCCAAAGCGGAGAAACACAAGCAGUGGAAGGCCGGGAAAAAGGCGGAAAAGGAGUACAAAAUGAAACAGCAAGAGAGUGCCGCGGCGGUGGAAGCCGCGAGUGCAGAAGGAGCUGCCGCAGAGCAACAGAGUGAAAGCGUAGCAAAGACAACAGUGAGCUCCGCGGCAGAAGAAGGCGCAGCGCAGAAGACUUCUGCGGACCAGUCCAGUACUACUACAGCAGAUGCCUCAACAACAACAGAAAAUCAGCAACAGCAGCAAGCUGCGAAGGCGAAAGAGGACGACACAGCCGGGGCGCUUGUCGUCCGCCAUGAAACCGCGUGGGACAGGUUUGGGGCUAACGUCCGCGACAUGCCGCUUUUGAACACUUUUUACGAUAACCCGCUCUUCGACCGUCUCUUUCAGGAAACCGAAAUUGCACAGUCUCUGAGAGAGAUGAAGGAAAUCUCGACGAAUUUCCGCCUCCACGAUUUCAUCGAAGAAAUAGAGCAGGUUAUCGCACCUAAGAUCAUCCAAGCCUAUCUGAACGGCGACAAGGAAUUUCUGAAGCUUCACUGCGGUGAAGCAGCCUACAUGGCGGUGUGGAGCAGCAUCAAGGAGCGCAAGCGCUCGCGGUUAGUACUAGACAACGACAUCCGGCAGGGUCCGGAGGAAGUGGAGCUGAAGGGCGCGCGGGGUAUGGACGGGGGAAGCUACACCAGUCCGACGUUUGUCUUCACCUUUCACACGCAACAAAUCAACUGCUUGAGAAAGGAAGCGGAUCCGUCGGAGGUAUAGAAAUUAUACUUGAUGUUUUGGGGUGAGGUUGUGGCGAGCUGCUACUUUCUCUGCUGAAGAUCUGCUAGUACUAGUUUAUCAUGCGUGCACAUGCAAAUUGAAAAAGUAAGUCUGUCAUGCCUGUUUGCUAUACUUACAUUUACAUUCACUCAGGUUGUCGAGGGCGCUGUGGACGACAUUCGGCAGGUGAGCUACGCGAUUGCGGUCACGCGGCAUCCCUUUUGCGAUGAGGACAACGAGGGCGAUGAGACCAUGCUGGAAUUCCCCUGGUUGGUGUCCGAAUUGGCAAUCGUCGGGAAUCAGCCUGUUUGGUAGAAGUAGUUGGUGAUGAACAUACAACACCGUCGUGACCCACCUCAGUAUACAUAGCGAGGGUCGUUCUUUCUUCAACAUCUUCACCACCGACAGCGCGUCCAGACCACGGCGGAUAAUUGAGUAGACACAAGAACACGAGUCUGGAUCAACAUCAUGAAAAAAUGUUCUGUCUAUCAGAAGGAGUAGGACUACGACCCGGGCGGAUCGCUAUGGUUGGGCCGAGACUCCUGACCACCGUCUUUGCAGUGUUUGAACAAAAAUGAAAUUACUGGAUCCCAGUUUACCCUACUUCAAAAGUUGUAUAUGAAAACGUGUUGGCUCUUACCCUCCAACCCAGGCAGGAGCGCAUUUCUUACAUGCGCGACUUGUUGUUUGAAACGCACUUUAUUCAGCUGCCCUAUGUAGGUCUGGAACCCAGCCGCAGAACGAGGACAGUUCUUGAAAGUAUAAGUUCUUCUUCUUUGUGUUUUCGAUAAAGCUAGCGACCUCGUCGAGAAGUCGAAGUAAGUCCACAAAAUCAAACGAAACGACGAAUCACAUUGUGACGCGAAAUUCAGUAAAGAGCAGUGGAGGUGUAAGAAAUUUUCACGCCCCGCUGCACUUGCUUUUUCAAGAACUGGAUUAAAGCGACAAACAACAGAAAGCGACAAAAAAAUGAACUGGAUGAACUACAUCGCGACCCGUUAUAU